GAAAUGUAAAAGUAUUGAUAAAAUGGUGUUGCUCAAGAAAGCAAUACCAAUAAUAACUCAAGCAUCCUUUUUUUUUGCCCUUUAAGGAAAUGUAAAAGUAUUGAUAAAAUGGUGUUGGUAUUUACAAGCCUAAAGUUAAGCUGAACCCCAGCACACAGACACACUAGUAUAUCAGAGGCACUCACAUAUAUCAGGUAACGCUUCAAUCACCUCUGAUUUAAUUUGUUGGACCAACUCGUAGAUGUCUGGGUGCUCCUCAUCAAAGGUGCUAUGGGGAAAGGAACAUAUAUCAAGUCUAAACUCUAGCUUCAGGUUGCCUCAUACACCAUCAUGUCGUUGUAUGGCUUUCUUUUUAAAUUUCUGACGGUACUGGUUUUGUCAGCAAUUUGUAUGGUGAUUGAAGAGUAUUGCACCGCCAUUUGAAUCUAAUGCCCUCAUCUGGACCAUAAUGGGCAACGUACACUUCAUACGUCACAACAGAUGAUCUCAUUAUUAACUAUCCCUCCGAACCGCUCCAUAGAACUGACGUUAACCACUGGCCGGGGAGGAUGUGUAUUCUCGAAGGACCCGUAUCUAACGCAUUUGUUUGUAGAUCCUUCUUAUGUUUGCACUGAGACAUCCAACUUUAAUACUUCAUUUUCGACCUCCACUAACCUGAGGUCGUCACAUGUGAUUAAGAAGUCUCUGCAUUAAGUUUUGAAAUGAGGUUAUCCCUAGUGCUUGACACGAAAGAGGUCAACAUAGGGGAGAGAAAGACGCGUUCCUAUUCGGUCAUUAAAGCCCACAAAGAAUUCUUGGUAUGCUUUACCUCUUAUUCUCUAUUAGAAUGAAUGGUACGCAUGCCUCCCACUGGAUAUCCACGCUUUAUGUCUUUCUCUUCUCUGAAAGUUGGAAGACCCCCCAUCCUUGUAUGCAUCCAGGGUGAUUUAUUGGCAGGCGUUAUAGUUCCUGUUAUCUGGUCUUGGUUUUCUAAAGGAUGUUGUAGCAAAUAAGUAAGGGAAAGUUCUUUUGGGGCUGAUGGCUGGCUGUGGUAAUAAGCUGCCCCCUAGCCAACUUAUUCUAGAAGCUCAACCUAAAAAUUUAUUUGAGAAGAUCAAGUUAUCAGGGAAUCAACAAUUUUAUCGAAUGAAUUUGAUAUUUCGACCAAGUAUCAUUUAGUACCAGAACUGUUGCUGAUUCUGGAAAAAAAAAUAUUCCUUCCUUACCUACCUUUUUACGUGUAUAAUACAAGCUGUGUCAUGAUAAGCUUUUUGUUGCUUUGCGGAAAGGGCCUUUUGAUUUAAUAAGUUGUUAAGCAAUUACGUAAAGAAAAGGAGUCUGCUAUGACUUCCCCUUUUACAAACAUCCCUUUUUAUCAGGAUUGCAUCUCCCUAACCAAAUACAGCUACCAGUCUGCUGAUGGUGAUUGUUAUUUAAGGGUAUUUCCCCUCAACGGUUCAACUUGAGCCUCUUAAUUCAAUCUGGGAACCAGUAUUUAUGUGUCAGAUCAGAUGAUAAUUUACUUGGGUGUUUUUAUUAAGAAUAGGAUGGAAGCAGAUGCUUUAAGCCGGCAGUCUGCAAGUUUAUUGCUUAAGAGGUGAAGUGGUGUUUACUUUCCUUGUCCUGAGAAUUUUAGAGAAUGCUGGGAGUUUCAGAGCAAGUGAUUCUGUCAUUUGAGUUCGGGCCUCAGAGUUAUCGCCUUUCAAGUGCACUUGGAGUGUGCUUUGUGAAGUAUUUUUGUUUAUCUGUAUUUUCUAGAAUCUGUUGAUCCCUCGAUUGUUAUACUUUGGACAUUCAGAAUACUACUCGGCACAAGUAUAUGCUACAGUGCUGCUUGUAGUGAAAAAAUUACGGCCCACUACAACCCUUAUCAUGUGGCAAUGUGCUUGUGAGCUUCUGGAAUGGCUAACUUGAGUUUAUGGGUAUCAUGACCUCUUUACUUUUGUUAGACUUACAGUGAAAUGGAGGGGUGUAACGGGGAUCUUUUUUACAAAGUGCUAUGUCAGAAUUACUAAAUCUUUGUAGUUUCUUGUUACUAGGAACUACAAAAGCUCUUGUACUGAUUUUUCAGGUCGCAGAUCUCCAAAUUGCAUGGUCUUUUCAAAUGUUAGAGCAUGUCCAGAUGCUUCACUGGAGUUGGAUCCAUCAACAGCCAAGUAUAUUUCAUGGACGAACAUGCUCCUGAGAUUCCAGUUGGUUAUAGCAGUUCCUCCACUUCACCAGCUAUCAGCGUCUGGGAGAGUCGCCAGAUCCUACAGACGCAUGCACCCUUUCCCUCAUGGAGCCCCCACACUGGCACACUCCUUGCCGCCGCUGCCACUGACCCGGCAACCUUCUGCGAGGACCCCUCGUCACCAGCCCGCACACACCUUCCAAGCGGGCAUCUAUGGAACCAUGACCUGUGAUAGCAUGGGAGCUCAUGGGAGCAGCAACGAGCUUGGCGGGAGCAGUGGCCACGGAAAGGACUUCCUUUCCUUGCUCGAAGCGAGGACGGUGAUGCCAGAAAUGCUCGAUGAUUUCUCCUCGGCGGCAUGCGACUACCUCAAAGGGAUGGACGGCAGCGACUACAACAGCAUCUCCGGAUCAGCUUCCUAUGGUUUUGACAGUGGCGGCCCGUACGCUGGCCCCAGUGCUCUGCCCGUCGGGUGUGAUGGGAUUGCCAGCUCUCCACCGGUGUACCUUGGGAACAGUACCUUGGUGCAAGAGAGCAUGAUGGGUUGCAUGCCAAGCCACAACCACGAGGUAAAACUAGAUAGUUCCCAGCAGCAGGAGCUUGGAGUUCCCAAUAAUGCAUUCCUGCAGAAAACGCUUCCUACUAGUGUUGCAAUUCGUGGAAGCCCUCUGGGUUAUUCUGGCUCUGGGAGUGAAAGGGUUUUUCCGGAGGGCCGAGUAAUGCACGUUUCGUUUGAUGCUAGGAUUUCACCAGAUGCAAUCUAUGCUAGUGGUUACAGAUCAAAAACAGAAUUGGCACAUACCAAUCAGUAUGAGCAACGUACUAUUUUGGCAAGGACUGGUACAGGUCAAGGUGGUGCUGCAGGUGAUCCUAAGAAUAGAAAAUCAGAGGAAAAGUUGGGAGGCAAUGGAAAGAGGUCGAAGAAAGAUACUUCAAGUAGAUCACCUCCCAAGGCAGAAGUGCCUGACAUGAAGUUGGGAGAGAGAGACAAGAUCAUAGCAUUGCAGCAGAUCAUCUCACCGUAUGGGAAGAAGUUGUAUUUUAUCAGACGGAUAGAGCGUCAGUGUUAUAUGAAACCAUCAAGCACAUCGAAUAUCUACAUGAGCAAAUACAGCUAUUGAGUGAACCCUACAUGAAGAAUAGCACAAACGAGGUGCCCUUUCAAUGGGGAGGUAAAGAGGAGAAUUUGAGAGGCAGGGGGCUUUG